AGAGCUUUCGUCAUCAGAGGGGUCCUUCCACCGCUCCGUGAGCACGUGCCCUGCAGAAGCGGCAGAUCUCCGUUAACGGCGCCGCGAUGAUGGGCGGCAAACCGAGCGCGAUCGCCGCGGGCGUCUGCGGCGCGAUCUUCAUCGGGUACUGCAUCUACUUCGACAGAAAACGACGCAGUGACCCGACCUUCAAAAGCAGACUGCGCGAACGGAGGAAGAAGCAGAGAGCGUCUCAAAAUAAAUCCGGACUCGCCGAAUUGCCAGAUCUUAAAGACGCCGCAGCCGUGCAGAAGUUUUUCCUGGAUGAGAUCCAGCUUGGCGAGGAGCUCCUGGCCCAGGGAGACUACGAGAAGGGUGUUGAUCACCUGACCAAUGCCAUCGCCGUCUGUGGACAACCCCAGCAGCUCCUGCAGGUGCUUCAGCAGACCCUGCCUCCGCCCGUCUUCCAGAUGCUGCUCACUAAACUGCCAACGAUCAGUCAGCGGAUCGUAAGCUCUCAGAGUCUGGAGGAAGACGACGUGGAGUGAGCCGGCUGAUCUUCAGGUCUCCCCGCUCUUAUUUAUCACGUUCAUUCCCGUGUUCUCAUCCCGACCACGGCACCCAUGCAGUGUCAGAGUUCAUGUAAAGAGGUGUUAUAUUUUUUAUUCCGGACAUUCUCGUAACAAUCGCGGAUCUUUUGGAUGCAAACGAAAGCAUCGGUUUAAGAGUUGAGUAUUUUAUUACGGACCCGAAGCCGUUCUGUUUUCACACUCGAUGGUUGUUCGUGGCUGAUCCGUCUUCGGUGUAAUUGUUUUUUGUUUGUGGAUCGUUUCGAGUGUUUUGGGCACGUUUGUAUGCACUGAACUUAAAUUAAUUUCCUUUUUUUUUUGUAUUCAUUAAAUACUUUAAUGAA